AUGAAGAUUCAUACUAUUUUACGAUUUAUAUUGUUAACUUUAUCAUCAAUAUUAGCAAAUCAAUUCAAAAUCAAGACUGAUAUUGAAGGUACUGAAUACUUUUUCAAAGUUGAUGGUCAACUCAAAUUGCAAGCUCAUAAAGGAGAUUUGUUUCAAUUAACACAGGAUUCAUUGUUAGAAUUAGUAAGUCAACUGGGAUAUGCUAUUUCUUAUGGAGUUGAUGAUCCUAGAUUACAAGGUUUUCCUGUUCAAGAAACUAAAGACAAUAAUAUUUCUUGGAGUAUAGAUGAUGGAUUAUUGUCCUAUUCUGAAGAAUUAUAUGCCUGUGGUACUUCGCCUCCAUAUGUUGUUUCGAUCCAAGAUGAUGUUUCAUGUUUUCCUAUCAAUGAUUUACAAAUUGUUAUGAAUGAGAAUAUAGUAGCAUUAUCAACAAUAAUAAAUUCUAAUAAAUUAGAUAGUAGCGAGAGCAAUGCAAUAUUUAAUGAAUACUACAUUCCCUCAAAUUAUAUUGAAGAGGAUAACUUUAAAGAUGAGGAUAUUGAUGAUAAUGUAAUCAAAAUCACUAAUGGCAUUAGUUUAAUAGAAAAUAAGCUUGUAUUUGAAAGUGCAGUAACCAAUACUCCAAUUUGUGUUGACAAAGAUGAAAAUUCAGUCAUUAUUGAACGUGAUUCAUCAGAACAGAUCAUGAUCCAAACUGCUAUUCCAUUCCGUAAAAUUGAUUCAGAAAAACCAAUCAAAGUAACUUAUCAUAGUUCAUUUCUUGAUCUUGGGUUCGGUACUGAUGGAACAUAUAUCACUAUUGCUGGUGAAACAAUUGCAUUGUUUACAAUUAGUGAUGGUUAUUUACAAGUUGGUGAUGAUAGAUGGAUUAGAAUAAUACAGAUAGAUGAUGAAGAGACGACUAUACCAGAGCAAGGACAAAUGAUACUUGUUGGGACAAAAGAUGAAGCGACUUCCGGUUGGAGUUUGACGGAUGAUAAAUUUGCUUUGAAUAAUGAACUAGUGGAGUUUUCAUCAUGCUUUAAUGCUGAAGGAAAGUCGAUCGUUUAUGCCUCACAAGAUAAAUGCAGUAAACUUGACAAUAUCACCUUGCAAAACUAUGUUGCAAAGGAAGAAACAGUAUUAGUGGAAGAAAAACCCGAUACCAUUGAUAAAUCAGUUUCUUCUUUUAAGCAAGAAGAUAUAUUCAUUGAAUUAGAGUCCUCUCCUAUCAUAGAAGCUAUAAAUGCCUCCAAGGUUCUUAGUUUCAUCACAACAGAGUUUGAGUUUCACAAUUUAAUCUCUGUUAUUAAUGAUACGAUAGAGGAGAAAGUCACAUCAAUUUACCCCUUUGAUUGUGAUAGUCUGACUAACUGCAGUGUUGUUAAUGUAAGAGCAUUUGAAAUGAUUCUGACCACCAUAGCUGAGGAAACCAUGUGUGAAGAAUACAUUACUGAGGUAGAAAUUAACACAAAAUUUUUAACCCACAAGUGUACAACCAAAACUGUAAAUUCGGUUGAGUCAACAGCUACCAAUCUAGCCGUCGAAUAUCCAACAGCAGUUCCCGCUGCUAAUGAAGGUAAUUCAAUCAAAUUUGGUUCUUUUGGUACUUUCAUUUGUGUGAUAUUGUCUAUAAUUCCUGUGGUUAUAACUCUCUGUGUUUAA